CACUACUCUUUACUAACAAAACAAUCAAGAACCACUCUUUCGUGUCGCCAAAACAACAAGAAAGAGAAAACAAAAAACAAAGAUGGCGAUGGCGUCAGCAUCGACGGUGUUUGUUCUUCCGGCCAACGUCACCGCGGCCGGUGGCGUUUCUUCGUCCAGGAGCUCCGUGUCUUUCUUGCCCAUGAGAAGCGCCGGUUCUAGGCUCGUAGUCAGAGCAGCCGAUGAAGCGGCUCCGGCAACCUCUUCGUCUACAGAUUCUCCGGCAGCUGCUGCUCCUGCUAAAGCUGCUCCCACCAAACCUAAGCCUCCUCCGAUUGGCCCCAAGAGAGGGUCUAAGGUCAAGAUUCUAAGGAGAGAAUCCUACUGGUUCAAGAACGUUGGAUCAGUUGUGGCUGUUGAUCAGGACCCUAAGACUAGGUACCCCGUUGUGGUCCGGUUCGCGAAAGUGAAUUACGCCAACAUAUCGACCAACAACUAUGCAUUGGACGAGAUCGAAGAAGUUGCAGCUUAAAUGAGAGAAAUCAAAAACUCUCUGUGUAUUCUAUACCAUUCUAUCAGUUUGUAACUUGACCCAAAUCGUAUGUACCCAAAAGUUUACCAAUUAUUUCUCCUCAUCUGAAUCUCCAGCCAGUUUCCUUAGUUUUUCACAGAAUGUAUUUGGAAAAUUCUGUUAAAAUCUCA